AUAUCUAUCAAUAAGGGAGAAAAAUCCCUUUGCCCUUUCCCCGGGACCAACCAGAGCUGCCCGCUGGAGGCUUUGCAACCAUGCCAGGCGGGUUUCUGUCCCUCCAGCAGCAGUCUAGGUUGCUUGGCAGUCUAGGGAGGCUGUGGAAGGAGUGGGGCGGGCGCCCCAUCGCUGGCCAGGCGGGUGGGAGGCAAGGGGACGGGGCCAGGUUCCCCUUGGGCAAAGCUGCCAGCCGGUGGGUGUUUGCACAGGGCAUCCGGAGCUGGGCUGCAGCUGCCCCCUUGGCCAUGGCUGCUAAGGUGGAUUUGACCACGUCCACUGACUGGAAGGAGGCUAAAUCAUUUUUGAAAGGACUAAACAACAAACAGCGUCGUGCACAUUACUUCACUAAAGAUUUCGUCAAAGUGAAGCAGAUCCCCACAUGGAAAGAAAUGGCCAAAAGUGCUCGGAUCCAGCAACCCGAAGAAACCAAUUACCCCAAGGAUAAUAAUCUGAACGGGAAAAUCUCCCUCUUCCGAGGAGACAUUACCAAGUUGGAGGUUGACGCGAUCGUCAAUGCUGCUAACAGUUCCCUGCUGGGAGGCGGCGGCGGUAAGUUUUCUAAUUGA